CUUAUAUAAACCCCGCCGCACCCCUGCUGCUUCCGACGCUCCUCUCUCUCUCUUCACUUCAUUUCUCUCUCUCUCUAACGUUUCUUUCCGUCGCUCUCUCUCUCUCUUCUCGCCGCCGGACUUGCGGAAGGAAAGAAGGAACGAGAGAGACGAAAGAAAAGGAAAAAACACCAUUUCUUCUUGUGCUUCUGAUUCCCCACCAUCUUUGAUUUUGUUUCGUUGUUUCUGAUCUCACUCCACCGUGUUUUAGAAUGGCCACCGUUAACUACAACGCACCCUCGGCCACUCCCGCGGCUGCUCCGGCGAAGAACGUCGAUACCCAAUCUGUGCUCAAAAGGUUGCAGUCGGAGCUGAUGGCCCUAAUGAUGAGUGGAGAAACAGGGAUAUCAGCAUUUCCAGAGGAAGACAACAUCUUCUGCUGGAAAGGGACGAUCACUGGGAGCAAAGAUACAGUCUUUGAAGGAACCGAGUACAAGCUGUCUUUAGCUUUCCCCAACAGCUACCCUUUCAAGCCACCAAAGGUGAAGUUCGAGACCACCUGCUUCCACCCGAAUGUGGAUGUGUACGGCAACAUCUGCCUGGACAUUCUCCAGGACAAGUGGUCUUCUGCGUAUGACGUUCGGACUAUUCUGUUGUCCAUCCAGAGCUUGCUUGGAGGUCUGUUCUGUACUAGAUAUCUCUGCAACUUUCUACUCAGAAUGCUGUUUCAGCAAUGGAUUCGAUUCGAUCGAUCAAUGUCGCAAUGUUGUUUGGAUCUGAUGUUAUUGUGUGUGUGUUUGUAUGCUCAUCUUGUGUACAGAGCCAAACAUCAGUUCGCCACUCAACACUCAGGCAGCACAAAUGUGGAGCAAUCAAGAAGAGUACCGGAAGAUGGUGGAGAAGUUGUACAAGCCUCCAGCAGCAACUGCAUAGGAUAGAUGAUAUUCUGGGUUUUACUUUACUUACUUGGAUGUCCUUGAGAGAUUACCUACUGUGGUCAUCUGAUUUUAUGUUGUCCAUCACUGUAAUAAUUCAGUGCCAGUUUCUAAUGAAUGAGAUAAUACCAUUUGAUUACUCUCCUGUCUCUGCCAUGGUAUGCUUUUGAAUAAGAUAAAAGAAUAUAGAGC